GAAGAAGAAGGAAAAAGUGCCCCAGCGAACCGAGGACUCCUCGCUCCGUUUAAUGUACUCCAUUAUUUUAUUUUUUAAGUGGUGUUUUCUUUUUUUAAUAAAGUAACGUCAGCCGUUGGCGCGUGCGCAGUUUGAGCGUAACGUGCGGCAGUUGGCGGAGCGGCGCGUUCCGUUCGAUAAAACAAAGCGGAACCUCGAACAGUUUUCUAAGCUAACGUCUCCUCCGGUGACCGUUUUUAUUUCGUGAAAAGAGGGACUGUUUUUCUGGGGCCGAUGUCACUCUGAAUCCAGACGGAAUCUCAAUUUUUUUUCAAAAUCAUCAACACGACGAUGGAUCUGCGGUUACUUUUAAUCGCCACGCUGUCGGCGUUCCUCGGCGGGAGUCGGGCACAGCAAGAGGGAAGCGAAUGCAUCAAGGCCAACGCACAGUCGUGCGGGGAAUGCAUCCAGGUGGCCGAGACGUGCGGCUGGUGCACGGAUGAAAACAUCCUCACCGAGGGCCAGUCCAAGUCGGCCCGCUGCGACGACCUGGAGUCCCUGAAGAAGAGAAGUUGUGCCACGAUCGAGAACCCGCGGGGCAGCAUCAACAUCGACGAGAACAAGCCCGUCACCAACCGCAACCGGGACGUGGCGGAGAAGCUGAAGCCGGAGCAGAUCACCCAGAUCCAGCCCCAGAAGCUCACGCUGACGCUCCGAUCGGGUGAACCCCAGACCUUUGAGCUCAAAUUCAAGCGUGCAGAGGACUACCCCAUCGACCUCUAUUACCUCAUGGACCUCUCCUUCUCCAUGAAAGACGAUUUGGAAAACGUGAAGAACCUAAACAGGCAGUCUUUGUCCUCCGAGGUGAUUCUGGAGAACGGCCGGCUGCCCGAAGGCGUCUCCAUGAACUACAAGUCCAUCUGUAAGAACGGCGUGGAGGGAACCGGGGACAACGGCAGGAAGUGCUCCAACAUCUCCAUCGGCGACGAGGUUUCCUUCAAGAUUUCCAUCGAGUCCAAGAAGUGUCCGUCGCACGGCAAGGCGGAGAUCAUCAAGAUCAAACCCCUGGGCUUCAACGAGGAGGUGGAGGUCGUCCUGAACUUCAUCUGCGACUGCCAGUGCGCCGCCGAGGGGACGCCCGACAGCGACGUGUGCCACAAGGGCAACGGCACCCUCGAGUGCGGCGCCUGCAAGUGUAACGACGGGCGCAUCGGGCGCCUCUGCGAGUGCAGCAAAGAUGAGGUGCGCACGGAGGACCUGGACGCCAACUGCCGGAAAGACAACGGCACGGACAUCUGCAGCAACAACGGCGACUGCGUGUGCGGCACCUGCGAGUGCAGGAAGCGGGCUAACCCGGACGAGAUCCACACGGGCAAGUACUGCGAGUGUGACAACUUCAACUGCGACCGCUCCAACAACAAGCUGUGCGGAGGACACGGCCACUGCGACUGCAGGAAGUGCAUUUGCGACGCCAACUACACGGGCAGCGCGUGCGACUGCUCCCUGGAGACGCACACCUGCCUCGCCAAGAACGGGCAGAUCUGCAACGGCCGCGGCGUCUGCGACUGCGGCAGCUGCAAGUGCACCGACCACAAGUUCCAGGGGCCCACCUGCGAGAUCUGCCCCACCUGCCCCGGCGUCUGCGCCGAGCACAAAGACUGCGUGCAGUGCCGGGCGUUCGAGGCCGGCGAGAAGAAGGAGACGUGCGAGCGCGACUGCAGCUACUUCCAGCUGAUCAAGGUGAAGGACCGCGACAUGCUGCCGCAGCCCACCGACCAGAGCUUCCCCCUGUCGCACUGCAAGGAGCGCGACGCCAACGACUGCUGGUUCUACUACACCUACGCCAUCCGGAACGACACCAAGGAGGUGUACGUGGUGGACACGCUGGGUACGAACGCUGCGUUACGCAGGAAUACACACGUUGGGUCGACCAGAGGAUGCUGAUUGGUCGUUCUUAACCUCUUCCACGCCGCCCCCAUUUGAGCAAAAACGCCUCAAAUGAUGUAUCGAAAUUAAAAUGGCUGUAGUUUCUGAACCACUCUGACUAAAGGGAUCAAUGAAGUCUUUCUAGAAAGAUUACCUUUGUUCCUACAUGUGAAAGUGUCAAACAUCCUUCAGGUCAUACAGAAACAGAGCAGUGGGCCUUUGAAGUCAGUACAAAUUAAAGAUGUGUGUCCGCCUAAAAUAAAUAAAGGAUAUUUCAGUAUAAAUAAC